CGUUAUCUGGUGCUAGGCCGUCCUCCCAGAUCGCACCUCGAUAAAGAUGGUCCUUGCCACGCGUCGCUCUGUCGUCUGGGCUUGCCCGUUCUUCCUAGUGCUCUUAGUUGUCUGCACAACUUUCGUGAUAGACAUCGAAUGGAACCAGCUCAUCCCUGCAUCGCCAUCUAGUGUAGCGCUAGAUGGAGAGUAUUGUCUCCGACUUUCUGACUCUCGCCACGAUAUUGCAGUUAUAGAGGCCCAAGUUUCCACUCAAGAGACUACGACAACACUAAUUAAGCGGAAACACGUCUUGGUCGCUUCGUUCUUCGGGUUUCAUUUUGACGUCUACAUGACCCUGGCGUGGACGCUGAAGCGCGUUUUGAUGCAAGUUCCACAAGCACAGAUUGAACUCUUCGCAGCCCCAUUCUACUACGGAUUCGAGGCCGUCGUUGGUGAAUACGGCCUCUACGAUGGAGUACGUCGGGAUCCGGAGGAGUUGUUGUCGUAUAUUCAGAGUAACACCACCGUCGACACAGUCGUUCUCGGUACGUGCGAAAUCGACUUGAACCAGAUACAUUCUGCGUUGCUCGACGAGUGGGACAAGCGUGCGCCAGAGGAGAAGUUCAAACUGGUUUGCAUGGUACACAACGUGCAAGAUACCCCUUGGCAGGCUAACAUCGGCGAGUGGUCUCGUCGCGGGGCUAUUCGCCUUGUCACCCUUGGUGAACACGUGGGGAAGUCCUUCCGCAACAUGUUUGAGGAGAUUGCUGAGGAACCUUUGGGUGGUGGAGGCUACGAGUAUAUCCCCAUCGAUUUGCAUAUUCCUGUCUUGGACGUGUCUGGUCUUCCUGCAAAGUCAGCAAACCGAUCCCUCGCGCGUGCAGUCAUUCAAGGGUCGUUCGAUACCACAAGGCGCAGCUACUACAACUUUUUUGACGAGUUGAUUAGAUCGUUGCACAGGAACCCCGAAGCUUGGGGAUACAACUCAUUAAGCGACCGCGCUUCCUUCGUCCCCAAUUAUCAGUCCCUAGUUCCGCCAUUUGAACUCGCUUUGGUGGGCUCUGGGUCUCUCGAAGUGCCACAGGAAUUGGCAUAUAUGGUCAGCAUCCAUCGGGGGCUAGACUACGCAAAUUUCUACGAUCUGGUAGCAAGUAUGGAUAUCGUCGUUCCGGCUUUCGCUGACAACGGAUACUAUGAGCACCAAGCCAGUUCAACGGUCGCAAUGGCGGUCGAAUUGGACGUGCCCAUCCUGGCGACUCGGCGUAUGCGGAAAGCGUACGGGUAUAUCGACGAUGACCGAGCGGUCGUCACACGACCGGCGGCGAUGUCGGAAGUUCAGGCUCUGCUCGCCUUGCGCACCGGGAGCCUGAGUUACUUUCUGGAGCAAGAUCCAGACGGCGUGAUGGGUCUAUUCCCGCCCCUACGUGCGUUGGUCAAUGACAUGCGGGAGAUGGUGAACGGAGGUUGGGUACGAGAUCCGGCGGAUUUGCGAAGGUACAAGGAGCGACUUUGGAGGAACAAUGAGGAAGUAGUCGAGAGAUUGCUUGCAGAUAUGUAAACCGAAAAUCGUGUUUACGUUCGCAGACGGUACUGCGGGAGACCUCGUGUUUGGACAAUUUCAGGGCCACCGUAUGGCCAGUCACUA